UUCACUUUCUCAUUCUUGGAAUGAAUUUGGGUAUGAUUUUUGAUGACUUCAAGAGCAAGACUAUGAAGGAUCAACCUGAUCAGUGGACAAAUGGAGGGAAAGCUAAAGGUCUUCGUUGUCUUUCUUCUCAGCGGUGGUGCCCUGUGGCUGUGACGCUAGGGAUCCUUUGUCUGGGUUUACUGGUGACCAUCAUAAUGCUGGCAGUGCAAUUAUCCCAGGUGUCUGAUCUUCUAAAGCAACAGCAAGAAAACCUUACUCACCAGGAAAAUAUACUGGAGGGACAGAGUUUAGCCCAGAAACAAGAGGAAAAGGCUUUCCGUGAAUUACAGAGGAAACUCAAGGAAAUGAAUGAAAACCUUACCCAGGAGCUGGACGAGCAAUCCAAAAAACAAAUGGAACUUCAUCACCAGAACCUCAAUCUCCAAGAAGCUCUGAAAAAGGCAGCAAAUUUUUCAGGUCCUUGUCCCCAAGAUUGGCUCUGGCAUGAAAAAAACUGUUACCAAUUUUCCUCUAGUUCAUUUAAUUGGGAAAAAAGCCGGGAGAACUGCUUGUCUUUGGAUGCCCAGAUGCUGAUAAUUAAUAGCACAUAUGAUCUGGACUUCAUCAAACAACUCACUGCUCAUUCCAGCUCCCCCUUCUGGACGGGGUUAAGUAAGAGGAAUCCAAGCUCCUCGUGGAGCUGGGAGGAUGGCUCUCCUUUGAUGCCCAACGUGUUUAGAUUCAGAGCUCUUUCCCAGAGGAAUCCUUCAGACACCUGUGUAUAUAUACAAAAUGGAAACCCUUUUGCCGAGAGCUGCAUAUUAACUGCAAACAGUAUAUGUCAGAAGAAGGCGACUUUGUUGAGAGCACAAUGAAUUUGAAGGCUCCGGAAGAAAGGGAGGAGCCCAUCUUUGAAUUCUCUUCUGGAAUUUAAGCUAUUCUUCCUCACUUGGUUGCAAACUGUGAGAGCCCUGAGAACAGGCAUUAGCUGACUGUAGAGCUCUUUAGAGAAAGUGGGGCCCCAGUUGCCUGAUACCUUUAUAACAAAAGUUUUGACUCUAUCUCUGUCUACAUUUUUUCUUUAAAAAAAUAUUUAUUUUAUUGAUUUUUUACAGAGAGGAAGGGAGAGGAAUAGAGAGUU